UGUUGCCGAGAUAUGCUCUGAUGUUAUAUGUUUGGAUAUUUUUCAAUUAAAUUGAAAAUAUUACAAUGGGAUGUGGAACAUCAACAUCUGUAGUUGUGGAAGGAGAUACAGGGAGCAAGUCGAAAGACCAGCAAAAGAAUGGGUCGAAUACCGCCAAGAAUGUAAAUACGAACAAUAAAUCAAAUUGCGAAAUAACAUUGAAAGCUGCUGAGAAAGGAUUAAAUAACACAAAGGAGAUCUCAAGUAACCAUUCAGGAUUCGUGGAUAAAUCUUAUAAAACGUCUCCAACACAAAACGGAAUUAACGUUUCUACGUCGGCAAUGUCUGCUAAAGUUGGCAUGAUGGCUUCCCACGAAGCGCCUUCAACUAACGACAAAUCGUUUUUAAAAGAUGAGGUGAUUACCAACAAUGACAAUAUGGACAAAGAAAACAAAAACACACUAAACGAUUUCCAAGAGAAUCAAGACUCUAACAAUAACAGUGCUCCGGAGAGCACAGUUAACGCUACAAACGAAACAAGUACCGGUGAAGCUGACGAAGAUGAUUUUGAUAUGACGUCAGCACCGUUAUCACGCACGGACAUGCUGAAGCAUCGCCAACAUGCCACACAAGAGACUCUGGAAUUUGUUUACAAAAAUAGUACUAAGAUAGCGCCUCCCAAUAGUUCUGAUUUGAUGUUAUCUGGUGGUUUGUCGCCUUACACUGGUCACCGAAUGAACCAUCGUCGAGGUUCCGGUGUACCACCACCACCUCGAGAACUGAAAUCGACUGACUUUUUGGCGCGAAAAGCUGCUGCUAUUUCAGUUAGUAUGGAGGAAGGCGAUGAAGAUGAUGACAAUGUGUGAUGACAGUGUUGACAACUAAAUUGAUGCCAUUGACUCUUCUUAUACAAACUCAAUCCUUGUCAAAACUAGUUGGUAUGGACAGGCGAGUAUGAGUUAAUAAUGAAUCGCGUCAUGAAGCCCAAAUUUUUGGUUACCAGUACAUGCUCGACAAAGUAUAUUUGAGACAAAUCAAAUAUUGCCAUUAAAGUUAUUCGUUCUCUAUCCUGUACAAAUGUCUUAGCAGAUGCUUGGUGCUUUAUAAAAGACAUACGAGUGGUCAUUUUUUAUUUGUAUUUUUUAUGGCUUUGCUGCCCCACCGAUUUCUGGAGGUAACGCCCAAAAAUCAUUUUAAAUCAGGAAAAAGCCGAUUUUAAACCAUAAUUUGUGACUGUAAACUGUAAAUAAUUCAAUGCGUCAGUGAUACUGAUCAUGUUGAAAAUUUGAUUGGUGCAGCAAUAUAUUUACAUAACACAUCAUCGCCUAUCUAUACAAGCUCAAAGUGCACCGCCUCAUUAUGAUAGCGUUUAGAUCGAACAAUAUUUCUAAUGGUAUCUUAAAUUAUCUUUAAAUGCAUCUUUUUCCUCGUGAUGUGAUUAUUUUUAUUCGUGCAUAUUUGAUUCAAGUUGUCUUACUCGCGUUGAAAUAUUUAUGUCAGAACUGUCUGGAAAAAUGUCAAAAAACGGAUUUGUCAUGGCAUCCAAAAUCCUACAUUAUUAAAUUGUAAAAAAAUCCUGGUUUAACACUUUGAAUAAAAUCAAAAAUUUCAAAUUUAGGUCAACGUUUAUGUCCACUGCCCAAGAUUUGGAGUCGCCUUUUUUCGAAUAAGUUGUUGGUCUGAGUCUGCUAAAAUUCUGAAACUAAAUUUACCCCAAUCUCGCCAUAUAUAUCGUAUUUUUUAUUUAAUCUCUGGCUCCAUUACAUGUUAUUUCCAACUUUGUGGUAAAGUAUAUUUAUGUACGAUUGCAUAUAAAAUAUAAAGAAAACGAGCUCUCGGUGUGGGAUCGCAAAUUUAUAUCCAGCGACUGCAUGAUCUCGACUGUCAUAAUUGCCAUUUUAUUUCUCAAGUGUGAAAAAUGUUCAAGAAAAGAUCUCACAAAUUAUUUUUAUUCGUUGAGUUAAUAUCAAUUAUUCUUUAUGUUUUCAUUUUUUAUCUUAUUUUUGGUUUCUGAUCCUCUUGUUGAAGUAUAAUUAAUAUUGGUGCUUUGCCCUUCGUGACCUGCCGCCCAGAAUUUCUAAUGACAGUUUUAUGGAGAUCUAUACUGCUCUGGUAUUUUACGUAACCUUUAGUCUUAUUUUCUGCACACUUUGCUAGUCUAUUCGUUGUUUUUAUGGGCAAUAAAUCGAAUAUUAACGCUUAGGAAAUUAUGAUGA